UGCAGUUCAUCCUAGAUGCGUUAUUUCCUGAGGAUCCCUGACAGUGUAGGUAAGGACAUUGAGAAGGCCUGCCAGUCCAUCUACCCUCUGCAUGACGUCUACGUCAGGAAGGUGAAGAUGUUGAAGAAACCCAAGUUUGAGUUGGGUAAACUGAUGGAGCUGCACGGUGAGGGUGGAACCAGCACCACCGCUGCCAAACCCUCUGGAGAGGACACUGGAGCUAAGGUGGAGAGAGCCGAUGGCUACGAACCCCCCAUCCAGGAAUCUGUCUGAAGCCCUUCCACACACAGAG